AUGGCAAGCGGGGUGUGGCCCGGAUUUUUUCUCCAACAGAUCAGAUGUCACGUUCACCUGCUGAUGAGUGACUCCCGGAAUGACAUCGAUCUUCCUGAGCGGAUCCAUGCCGAGGCAAGGGCAAUUCACAGCUCAUUACACCGCGCCAUCACUGGCCGAUUGCCCCUUGCUCUUCCUCCAAAAGCAAACUCCCCGCAACUCUACGCUUUGGGCAUUUCUCGCUUUGCGCAGAUCUACUCCGCUUUAGAAUCCGCAUGGCGUGACUAUCUCGAGGUAGCGCCGGACAGCACAAAGGAAAGGUAUCGCGCUUUACUAGCUGAAGCCUACAUACCGGCGAUUGCCCGCAGCCAACGUCUAGAAUCCGAUCUACGAAACUUGAAGGCGGAAUGGGGUGGUGAUGAUACUUUUCUUCCACAGGGCAAUGAUAUUGCUGUUCGUGUGGCAAUCACCCAUGUCCUCGAGACCAUCCGGGCUAAACCACACACCCUCCUAGCCUAUUCAUGGGUCAUGUACCUGGCUCUUUUCAACGGCGGGCGCUGGAUUCGCCAACAACUGCUUGACGCCGGAGCCCAAUUUUGGUACAAAGAUUUGUCCGAGGUUGAAAAACAGGAGUCUGCGGGUGCUUCUCUUGCGCAAUCAUUUCUGUCGUUUUGGCAUUUUGAUGGCGAUCAAGAUGGUGAAGAUUUUAAGCUCGCCUAUCGUGCCGGCUAUAUUGAGGCUUCCAAGCGUCUCACUAAAGAGGAGUGUGAAGAUGUGAUCUGCGAGGCCAAGACAUUGUUCCAGCAUUGUCUAGAUAUGGUCUCGGAGAUUGAUGUGGUGGUGGCGCUUGAGAGGAAGAAACGUGCUCACAAACCUGAAUCGUGGAAUAUAACCCCCCGUCCGGUAUCACUCAUUACAGUCGGAGAUGAGCAUCGUGUCAUGGAGAUAAGGUGGAUCAAUGUCUGA